CUUGGGCACGGAGGCGGCGGCGGCGGCUCCGGCUGCUCGGGGCCCGGCGGCCGCGCCAGGAUGAACGCUCCUCCCGCCUUCGAGUCGUUCCUGCUCUUCGAGGGCGAGAAGAAGAUCACCAUUAACAAGGACACGAAGGUCCCCAACGCCUGCCUGUUCACCAUCAACAAGGAAGACCACACGCUGGGGAACAUCAUUAAGUCGCAGCUGCUGAAGGACCCGCAGGUGCUGUUCGCCGGCUACAAGGUCCCACACCCCCUGGAGCACAAGAUCAUCAUCCGCGUGCAGACCACGCCGGACUACAGCCCCCAGGAGGCCUUCACCAACGCCAUCACUGACCUCAUCAGUGAGCUCUCCCUGUUGGAGGAGCGCUUCCGGGUGGCCAUCAAAGACAAGCAGGAAGGGAUCGAGUAGCGGCGGCUCUCCCUGUGUAGAUGCCCUGCGGUGUACACGCCUCGCGUUCCCUCCCCCCAGCCAUGUCUGUACAUAGAUUUUCUUCCCAAUAAAGUGGCGCAAAGAGCUCA